AUGGCAGAAUUUCCAUAUCCGGGCUUAGCAGAGCUUCGAGAGAAACACAAAUGGAAUAUUCAGCCUCUGACUCCCGCAUUCAAACUAGUUCGAAAAAGCGCCGACGACAUUCUCAAUGAUGGCGAUUCAGCCUGCUCUCCAUGUUUACGGCAAUCGAACCAUUGCAAUAUCCGUCGCAAGCUAAGCAACUGGAAGGACCUUCGCUCUCUCAAAAAGCAGUAUCGUCAAAUGAAACAGAGGCAGAAACAGGCCGCAGUGAUUUUGCACAAUGCCUAUUUGCAUGGGCUCAAUGCAGAUGUGAAUCAAAAUAAAUCAAUUUCGCCAAGUUUUGUGCCCACUUUAAUCACGCCACCAGUGUUCAAUCACCUUCUCAUGGGCCCUGCCCUAGCCAGGGAUGGCUGCUUAAAUAAUCGACCUACAACUCUGUCCGGUGGUGCAGUACAAUUAGCAGCUACAGUGAUCCAGCCGUUAGACUACAGCGCAAGGGUAUCUCGAGCAAACUCAGCACGUCCAAAUUUGAUAGCAGCGCUCGUGCACUGA